AUGGUUGCGAAUGAGAAAUUUACCAAAGAAGAUGGUACACCAAAUGCAGAAGCAUCCACAUACCGAAGUCUGAUUGGAAGUCUGCUAUAUCUAACGACCACAAGACCAGAUAUCAUGUACGCAACAAGUCUACUGUCAAGGUUCAUGCAAAGUCCGAGCCAAGUUCACUAUGGAGCCGCGAAGAGAAUACUGCGAUAUUUGCAGGGCACUAAAGACUACGGAAUCCAAUAUGAAUAUAAAGAAGAUUCAAGACUGGUCGGCUACACAGACAGUGAUUGGGCUGGAUCAACUGAUGACAUGAAAAGCACCUCAGGCUACACAUUUUCACUUGGCUCAGGCAUAUUCUCGUGGUCAUACAAGAUUGUGUGGCGCAAUCAUCAGAAGAAGCCGAGUAUGUCGCAGCAGCACUAA